UCUUUAUUUUCUGACUUGUCCACUUCUCUACAAACUUUUGUCACUUCCUCAACACCAUCACUUCCUCAAACCAAACACAAACACUGAACAUUAAAGAACCACUUUAGUUUAAACAAAAAAAUUCUAGUUUGAAUCCUAAAAAAACCAAGUACUAAAAAUGGAGUGUUCACUGUUUAUGUUUAAGUUUCUUAGUUUUUCUGUAAUGUUUUUGGUUUUAAACUCAAAAAGUGUACUUGGAAAUGCUGAACUAAAAGCACUUUUGGAUUUAAAGUCAAGUUUGGAUCCAGAAGGCCAUUUUUUGUCUUCAUGGAAAAUUCAUGGUAACCCUUGUGAUGAUUCAUUUGAAGGUGUAGCUUGUAAUGAAAAGGGUCAAGUUGCUAAUGUUUCAUUGCAAGGAAAAGGACUUUCUGGUAAACUAUCACCAGCCAUUGGUGAUUUGAAGCAUUUGACAGGGUUGUACUUGCAUUACAACUCUUUGUAUGGUGAUAUACCUAAGGAAAUUGCUAACUUGACUCAGCUUAGUGAUUUGUACUUGAAUGUUAAUCAUUUGUCUGGUGAAAUACCUUCUGAGAUUGGUAAAAUGGAGAAUCUUCAAGUUUUGCAGCUUUGUUAUAACCAGUUAACAGGAAGCAUACCUACUCAGCUUGGUGAUCUGAAAAAGCUCAGUGUUCUUGCUCUACAGUCAAACAAGUUAGCUGGAGCUAUACCUGCUAGUCUAGGUGACUUAGGAAUGUUGAUGAGGCUAGAUUUGAGCUCUAAUAAUCUUUUUGGUUCAAUUCCAACUAAACUAGCUGAUGUUCCUUUUCUUCAAGUUUUGGAUGUUCACAACAAUACCCUUUCUGGGAAUGUACCUCCUGGUCUGAAGAAACUAGAUGAUAAAUUCAUGUAUGAAUACAAUUUGGGAUUAUGUGGAGUUGGAUUUUCAUCAUUGAAAGCCUGCAAUGCUUCAGAUCAUGUCAAUCCAAACAGACCUGAACCUUAUGGAGCAGGAGUUGGUUCUAUGUCAAAGGAAAUCCCAGAAACUGCAGAUAUAAAGUUGCCUUGCAAUACAACGCGGUGCCAAAACUCGUCAAAAUCCAAAAAAACGGCAUCUAUUACUGUCGGCAUAGUUCUUGCGACAAUUGCAGUGUCGGCAAUAGCCAUUCUGUCCUUUACAAUGUAUCGCCGGCGUAAGCAAAAGCUUGGAAGCGCGUUUGAUAUCACUGAAAGCCGUCUAAGUACCGACCAAACGAAGGGAAUAUACAGGAAAAACGGGUCUCCUUUGGUUAGCCUUGAAUAUGCUAAUGGAUGGGACCCUUUAGCUGAUAGUAGGAAUUUCAACGGAGAUAAGCAAGAUAUGUUUCAGAGUUUCAGGUUCAACUUGGAAGAAGUGGAAUCGGCGACUCAGUAUUUCUCGGAGUUGAAUUUGUUGGGUAAGAGUAACUUCAGUGCAACAUAUAAAGGUGUUUUAAGAGAUGGAUCUAUUGUUGCUAUCAAGAGCAUAAGUAAAACUAGUUGCAAAUCAGACGAAGGUGAAUUUCUCAAAGGGUUGAACAUUUUGACAUCAUUGAGGAAUGAUAAUUUGGUGAGGUUGAGAGGAUUUUGUUGCUCGAGGGGACGAGGUGAAUGCUUUUUGGUUUAUGAUUUUGUUUCUAAUGGAAAUUUGUCUCAAUAUCUUGAUGUGAAGGAAGGUGAUGGUGAAGUCCUUGAAUGGUCAACUAGAGUUUCUAUUGUAAAAGGAAUCGCUAAAGGCAUAUCAUAUUUGCAUGCUUACAAAGCAAACAAACCAGCUCUUGUUCACCAAAACAUCUCAGCCGAGAAAGUGCUCAUCGAUCAGCGACAGAAUCCGGUGCUCUCAGAUUCUGGCCUAUACAAGCUUCUCACCAACGACAUUGUCUUCUCUUCACUAAAGGGUAGUGCUGCAAAGGGUUACCUUGCUCCUGAAUACACUACCACAGGCCGGUUCACCGAUAAAAGCGAUGUUUACGCUUUUGGGAUCCUUCUUUUCCAGAUACUCACCGGAAAGCAUAAGAUCACUAGCUCAUUGCGCCUUGCAGCCGAAUCCUUCAAAUUCCAAGAAUUCAUUGACCAGAAUCUUCAUGGAAGAUUCUUUGAAUACGAAGCGGCAAAACUAGCAAGAAUGGCAAUACUUUGUUCCCAUGACUCUCCUUUCGAGAGGCCAACCAUGGAAGCUAUUGUUCAAGAACUUGGCAAUUGUAGUAGUUGUCUUUGAUUUGAAUUUUAGUCUAAAAUACUUUAAUCAUCACUAACACACAAGUUUUAUGUUGUUUUGCAACUUGCUGAUCAAAACCUUUGUGAUGAUGGUGAUGAGUUUCUAAUGUAUGAACAUGAUAUUGUUCUAUGUAACUGAAGGAUUAGCUUUUGUGAA